AUGAUUCGACCUACUGCUGUUCGCUCACUCGCUCGGUCGGCGCCUGCUUACUCUGGUGCUUUUCGCCCAAGUCACCGUGUGAGCGCUAGGAAGCCGGAGUUCCAGCCUCACUUUGGCGGAAUCACUCCUGGUGUUGUCAUGAGCUGGGUGCCCAGUCUGGCUCUUUGGGGAGGUGCGGCAGGUGGUGCAGUGUUGCUGUUCAUGAGCAAGGUGCCCAUCUUCCAACACGAUGUUCUGGACAAGAUUCCAUUUGUCAAGACCUUCUACGUCGACGACACACCCGACUCUGACAAGCCCUUCUAA